UGCCCGCCGAGGUGCGGGAGAGCCUGGCCGAGCUGGAGCUGGAGCUGUCGGAAGGUGACAUCACUCAAAAAGGAUAUGAAAAGAAACGGGCAAAGCUGCUUGCACGCUAUAUCCCACUUAUUCAAGCUCUGUAACUGAACGCCCAACAGUGCCGUUCCCAAGCGCCAGUGAUGACAGCUCUUCUGCUCACACGUCUGCAGUGUGGCUCCCGAGGGCCGCUCGCCCUGUCCCCAGAGCCGAAGCUGGUGUCCUGGAGGCAGUGCUGAGUCUCCCCGGCCACUGUGGUCUCCGCUGUCCUUUCACGUGUCCUCUUGCUGUGUUGUCUCCGGGCCGCACAGGCUUGCCUCUGCCACACUGUGUCCAGCAGUGGGUUUGAGGCAGGGAUAGACAGCCUUUCUUCAGGAGGUGAUGAAGGCUUGGCAGACCCCACGGGGCUGGGAUGCCUACUGGCUACUUGGAUGAGAUGUCUGGAGCCAGAGACUAAAGUGAACCUGCGUCACUCUGAUGAAGCAUGACGGAAGGCUUGCGUUGUGCUGUUCUCAAAGGUCAGCAGGGGUAGAUCCAUCCCUGCAAGCAGAGAACAGGAUGCCCGCUCCCUCCCAAACCACAGCCGCCGUGCCCAAACAGCAGAAGCCGCGGCCCACCAGCUCCCGGGACGAGCGCUUCCGGUCAGAUGUUCACACGGAGGCGGUGCAAGCAGCUUUGGCCAAAUACAAGGAGAGGAAGAUGCCCAUGCCUUCGAAAAGACGUUCUGUUCUCGUACAUUCCUCGGUGGAAACCUACACGCCUCCAGACACAUCAUCUGCCUCAGAAGAUGAGGGCUCUUUACGGCGACCCGGGCGACUCACCUCCACUCCGCUCCAGAGCCAUUCCAACAUCGAGCCCUGGCUCGACCGGGUCAUUCAGGGCUCGUCCACCUCAUCCUCUGCAUCCUCCACCUCAUCUCACCCGGGAGGGAGACCCGCCGCCGCUCCCACUGCCGCCGCCACCACGCUCACAGGCCCCGCGGCCCACGCCCACCUAGAUGUGCACUCCGCCCCUCCGGAUGUCACCACGGGCCUUGGGGAGCUUUCGCACCGUGAGCGUCCGCAGCUGGCUUCUGUGCGAGGUGUCGCUAGGGGCUACAGCGGGAGUGUCCUAGAAACGGCUGGUGGUGUCCCUGUGAACAGCAGAGUGUCCUCCAAAAUCCAGCAACUUCUCAACACCCUGAAGAGGCCGAAGCGCCCUCCGCUGAAGGAGUUCUUUGUGGAUGAUUUUGAGGAGCUGUUGGAAGUGCAGCAACCAGAUCCAAAUCAGCCAAAGCCUGAGGGAAGCCAGAUGGUGGUGCUGAGAGGGGAACCUCUGGCUGUGGGGGUCCCCUGGCCCCCAUCCCUGCUGGCCGCCCUGCAGCGGUGGGGUACGACGCAGCCCAAAGCCCCCUGUCUGACCGCCUUGGACACGGCUGGGAAGGCCGUCUACACCCUCACCUAUGGCAAACUUUGGAGUCGGAGUUUAAAACUAGCUUAUACUCUACUUAAUAAACUGACUAGUAAGAAUGAACCACUACUUAAACCUGGAGACAGAGUGGCCCUGGUGUUUCCAAACAGUGACCCUGUGAUGUUCAUGGUGGCAUUUUAUGGGUGUCUCCUGGCAGACCUGGUUCCUGUCCCCAUAGAAGUGCCAUUAACAAGAAAGGACGCUGGCAGCCAGCAGGUCGGGUUUCUGCUGGGCAGCUGCGGCGUCACCCUGGCCCUGACCACGGAUGCUUGUCAGAAGGGCCUGCCCAAGGCACAGACGGGAGAGGUGGCGACUUUCAAAGGAUGGCCCCCGCUCUCCUGGCUGGUGAUCGACGGGAAGCAUCUGACCAAGCCCCCCAAAGACUGGCGCCCACAGACCCAGGAUGCAGGGGCUGGGACCGCCUACAUCGAGUAUAAAACCAGCAAAGAAGGCAGCACGGUGGGGGUCACGGUGUCCCACGCAUCCCUGCUGGCCCAGUGCCAGGCUCUGACCCAGGCUUGCGGCUACUCAGAAGCUGAGACAUUAACAAAUGUGCUGGAUUUCAAAAGGGAUGCUGGUCUGUGGCAUGGAGUGUUAACAAGUGUCAUGAACAGGAUGCACGUCAUCAGCAUCCCGUACGCGCUGAUGAAGGUGAACCCUCUGUCCUGGAUUCAGAAAGUGUGUUCCUAUAAAGCCCGGGCCGCGCUGGUCAAGUCCCGCGACAUGCACUGGUCUCUCCUAGCUCAGCGAGGUCAGAGGGACGUCAGCCUCAGCUCACUGCGCGUGUUGAUCGUGGCGGACGGCGCUAACCCCUGGUCCAUAUCCUCCUGUGAUGCGUUCCUCAAUGUCUUCCAGUCCAGAGGGCUGAGGCCCGAGGUCAUCUGUCCCUGUGCGACUUCCCCUGAGGCGUUAACGGUCGCCAUCCGCAGGCCGCCAGACCUGGGAGGACCUCCACCAAAGAAGGCUGUCCUGUCGAUGAACGGUCUCAGUUUUGGUGUGAUCAGAGUUGAUACUGAAGAAAAGCUGUCCGUUCUUACCGUUCAGGACGUUGGUCAGGUGCUGCCGGGAGCUGACGUAUGUGUUGUGAAGGUGGAAGGCGCCCCUUACCUCUGCAAAACCGAUGAAGUCGGGGAGCUAUGCGUCAGCUCCACUACCACCGGCACAGCGUACUAUGGGCUGCUUGGAAUCACCAAGAGUGUCUUUGAGACCGUCCCGGUCACGGCAGGAGGCAUGCCCGUGUCUGACAGGCCUUUCACCAGGACGGGGCUGCUGGGCUUCAUCGGGCCUGAUAACUUGGUCUUUGUCGUGGGCAAGCUGGAUGGGCUGAUGGUGGUUGGAGUUCGUAGACACAGUGCGGAUGACAUCGUGGCCACAGCGCUGGCCGUGGAGCCCAUGAAGUUUGUCUACAGAGGCAGGAUUGCUGUGUUCUCCGUGACGGUGCUGCACGAUGACAGGAUCGUCCUUGUGGCUGAGCAGCGGCCAGAUGCCUCUGAGGAGGACAGCUUCCAGUGGAUGAGCCGCGUGCUGCAGGCCAUCGACAGCAUCCACCAGGUGGGCGUGUACUGUCUGGCCCUGGUUCCUGCCAACACCUUGCCCAAGGCUCCUCUCGGAGGGAUUCACAUUUCUGAAACCAAGCAGCGUUUCCUGGAGGGGAUGCUGCACCCAUGUAAUGUACUAAUGUGCCCUCACACCUGUGUCACCAACCUUCCCAAACCUCGCCAGAAACAACCAGAGGUGGGGCCGGCCUCCAUGAUCGUGGGGAACCUGGUUGCCGGGAAGAGGAUCGCACAGGCCUCGGGGAGGGAGCUGGCUCACCUGGAGGACAGCGAUCAGGCCAGAAAGUUCCUGUUCCUACCCGACGUGCUGCAGUGGCGGGCACACACCACUCCCGACCACCCGCUCUUCCUGCUGCUCAACGCCAAGGGCAGCGUCACCAGCACUGCAACCUGCGUCCAGCUGCACAAGAAGGCAGAGAGGGUGGCCGCCGCCCUGAUGGAGAAGGCAAGACUGGGCACCGGGGACCACGUGGCUUUGGUCUACCCCCCAGGGGUGGACCUCAUUGCCGCCUUCUACGGCUGUCUGUACUGCGGCUGCGUGCCCGUCACGGUGCGGCCCCCGCACCCCCAGAACCUCACCACCACGCUGCCCACUGUCAAGAUGAUCGUGGAGGUCAGCAAGUCCGCUUGCGUCCUCACCACACAGGCCAUCAUGCGGCUGCUCAAGUCCAAAGACGCGGCCGCCGCCGUGGACAUCAGGACCUGGCCGACCAUUCUAGACACAGAUGACAUACCAAAAAAGAAGGUGGCAAACAUUUUCAGGCCCCCGUCUCCAGAUGUGCUCGCAUACUUGGACUUCAGCGUGUCAACUACGGGGAUAUUAGCAGGCGUGAAGAUGUCACACGCGGCCACAAGUGCCUUGUGCCGCUCCAUAAAGCUGCAGUGUGAGCUGUACCCCUCGAGGCAGAUCGCCAUAUGCCUUGACCCCUACUGUGGCCUCGGCUUCGCCCUGUGGUGUCUGUGCAGCGUCUACUCAGGACACCAGUCCGUCCUGGUGCCCCCGCUGGAGCUGGAGAGCAACGUGUCCCUGUGGCUGUCUGCCGUCAGCCAGUACAAGGCCCGGGUCACCUUCUGCUCCUACUCAGUGAUGGAGAUGUGCACCAAGGGCUUGGGAGCGCAGACAGGCGUCCUCAGGGUGCCCCCGGGGGUGCCCCUCCAAGCCUUCCUCAGAUGGCUCAGGACCGCUCCGCCACUCCUCCCACAGAUGAAGGGGGUGAACCUGUCCUGCGUGCGCACCUGCAUGGUGGUCGCAGAGGAGAGGCCCAGGAUCGCGCUCACACAGUCCUUCUCCAAGCUGUUCAAGGACCUGGGGCUGCCGGCACGCGCCGUGAGCACCACGUUCGGGUGCAGGGUCAACGUGGCCAUCUGCCUCCAGGGCACGGCCGGCCCGGACCCCACCACCGUCUAUGUGGACAUGAGGGCGCUGCGGCAUGACCGGGUACGUUUGGUAGAACGGGGUUCUCCGCACAGUCUGCCGUUGACGGAGUCUGGAAAGAUCCUCCCUGGGGUGAAGGUCAUUAUUGCUCACACUGAAACCAAAGGGCCCCUUGGAGACUCACACCUGGGAGAGAUCUGGGUGAGCAGCCCACACAACGCUACCGGCUACUACACGGGGUACGGGGAGGAGGCUCUGCACGCCGACCACUUCAGUGCCCGGCUGAGUUUCGGAGACACCCAGACCAUUUGGGCGAGGACUGGCUACCUCGGCUUCCUGCGAAGAACAGAGCUCACGGAUGCCAGCGGAGAGCGACAUGAUGCGCUGUACGUGGUCGGGUCUCUGGAUGAGACGCUGGAGCUGAGAGGCAUGCGCUACCACCCCAUCGACAUCGAGACGUCCGUGGUCCGAGCCCACAGGAGCAUCGCUGAGUGCGCCGUGUUCACCUGGACCAACCUGCUGGUCGUGGUGGUGGAGCUGGAUGGGCUGGAGCGGGACGCGCUGGACCUGGUGGCUCUGGUCACAAACGUGGUGCUAGAGGAGCAUCACCUGGUCGUGGGCGUGGUGGUCAUCGUGGACCCCGGCGUGAUCCCCAUCAACUCGCGGGGCGAGAAGCAGCGCAUGCACCUUCGAGACGGCUUCCUGGCCGACCAGCUGGACCCGAUCUACGUGGCCUACAACAUGUGAGCACGGCUCCUCAGCCCUGUGCCUCCCGCGCGGGGACCGGCAGAGGCGUCGGGCCACCAGCAGCCACCAGAAGGACUCCAGUCUUCCCGCGCGCCACGCCCCUUCUUCCUCUGCUUGUUCAGAUCCGCUCCAGGCUCCCCAAGUCUCACUUGGGGAACCGCCUCCUGGACCAUCUGAAGAAGUGUCUUGUCCUUGGAGGACAUUUGGGGGAGCAGGAAUGUCAGUACCUGAACGGGGGGCUGCCUGAGGGGGGAGGCAUUGCAAGUGCGCUACUGUGUUGCGAGUUUGCACCUUUUUUAGGCUGAAAAUAUAGUUCUUGAAUUUAAAAAUUCAAUUAUUUAUUCCCACUUCCUAUAUAGAAUUCAUGCUAGGAAGAACUUGAGGGCCCUGGUCCAUGUGCCUCGCUUCCGUUUCACAGGGAGGAGCCGAGCAAGGGUGGCGGGUCCUGGGCCCCCCCGCCCCCCCGCACUCACAGGGCACUUCCCAGGCAGGUUGGAUGUGGAAACACGUGAGAACGCGUGUGCCUGGUCAUCCGCGUUUGUUGUCACUGACCCUUGAGAAGUGCCACUGGGGCCUGUCAGAUUAGAUGCUUGCUUUUGGGCAGGUAAACCAGCAUUUAGGCUUAAACCACUUCCUAGGUUUGUCAUUUCAUGCUGUUUAGUUAACUUCCUCGUUUUCCUAACACCACCAGAUAAGUUCUUCUCAAUCCGUGGAAUUGUGUGAAUUGUUAUUUUUAUUCCUGUUAACAGACUUGGGGGCAUUGGUGGCAGCGCCUGGGCGUUCGGGUCCUCAGCGCUGCUGGCCGAGCAUCCUGCGUGGGCUCCAGGGGCCGUGGACAGAGCCUUGUCCCCCUACCCUGGAUUUCACAGUCUGAGUUGUGUGCCUAUAAAACGUGGCCAAACUGCAUUUGGUUAUUUUAUUCAAACUUGAUGGAACUGACUGAUCUGAUAUUAUAGUAAACCUAAAUCAAAGAAGAGAAUGUAAAAUCUUUUAGAUACUUAAAAGAAUUUGAAGCGAAGCUCAAAUCUAAGAUUAUUUUUAUAUAGCUAUUAAAGAGUAUGUUAUGAAGUUGUGGGGGUUUGGGGGGAUUGAGUGUGGGAAAGUUUAUGAAUUAUGCAUGCUUCCUAGGAACAACCAGGUGUUUCUGGAAUUAGCCUGGAGCGGUGCCUAACAAAGCUAUUAUUAAUUCUCUACCAUUUUAAAUUCACCACCGAAUGGGCCCGGCCAGCUGGGCCAACUCUCACAUCUCUUAUUUGGCUACAGGCAGCGCGUGCAUAUUAGUUCUGUUUGCCUAUGGUGUUGAGCUGUGGUGUAAUAUGUUACAACAUACUGGAAUCCUAAUAAGCCUAUUGUAGUUAUGUACAUAAUCUGUAUAACUUAUUGUUUGACAUACAGAGGUUCUAGCAGUGGACUAACGGACAUUCCUUGUAAUACAGUGGCCAGCAGGGGAAAACUACCUAACCCUAAUCUUAAUGUUGUAGUUUUAUAGGAAACAAAUACUGUAAAAUUUUUGUAUUGAGAGGUCAGUGGCAGUAAGACAAAGUGUCUUGUAAAUUAAGAUUUUAGGAAGCGCAUUAAAAUGUUUUAAAAUUACUCUCUGAGAAUUCUGUAUAUCACACUAAAAUUUUUUAUAUCAUUAUGUUAAUAAAAGGUAUUGACUGUUUGUAAUUCUGCACUUUGAAAUGUGUGAAAAUGUUUUUUAAAUUACCCCAAAUAGGAUGUAUUUUAUUAUGCAUUCUUUUUUCUGAAUAUAAAAGCAUUUAUGCUUACAGCAUAAAAUCUACAAAGCACAUUAAAGUGUGAAGAAGAAAAUUAAGAUCUCCUCUCAUCCUACCUCUGCGAAAUAGCAGCAUUAGUAUCUGCUAAAAACCCUUUCAGGGAUUAAUUUUUUCUUUGUUAGAAUUUUUACAAAAUUAGGGUCCUAUGCUUUGAUACUCAUUUUUGUACUUAAUAAAUUGCAGACUUUUAAUCUAUCACAUAUAUUCUUCUACUUGUUUUAGACACUGUGCCGUGACUAACGGUAGUUUUACCCCUGCUGUCCGCUGGUGGCGGGUGACGCACGUUAGCCGCGCUGGGUGCCCGCCCGUCCGCAAUGGCAGUUGCUGUCUCAGACGCAGUUCCUGCAGGGAGAGCGACCAGGUCAGAGCUCAUCCCAGUUUGAAAGGCCGUGUGGCGGUGGCCGCUUUCCAGCAGCCCCUGGUAUUGGCAACGGACUCUUGGCCAAGAUUAAAAUAAGUCCUUGCCAAAUUGAUGGUCAAAUAAGUGUCAUGUCUGGUCAUAUUAAAUAUGUUUUCAUGUGUC